AUGGCUUUCUUUUUCAAUCGCGGCCGGUCGCGACAGCCCGCCGACAUCGUUCGGUCAACCAAGGAGCUAUUAUUAAGGAUUCAUGAUUCCCAGAAUGCCCCCAAGGCCGAAGAAGAGCUUGCCAAGCAGCUCAGUCAAAUGAAGGUGAUGGUACAAGGAACACAAGAGAUCAGCACAUCGCCCGACCAAGUCCAUGCUCUCGUUCAAGCAACCCUACAAGAAGACCUCCUCUUUGAUCUAGCCCAGAGCAUCCAUUUGCUCCCAUUCGAAGCCCGAAAAGACACCCAAACUAUAUUCUCCCAUAUCCUGCGCUUCCGGCCGGUUUCAUAUGCAGACGAUAAAGAUCCUCCCGUUAUCUCAUAUUUGGUCCACCACCGACCAGAAGUCAUCGUGGAAUUAUGUCGGGGGUACAUGCAACCCCAGAGUGCAAUGCCCUGUGGUGUCAUUCUUCGAGAAGCACUGAAGCAUGACGUGAUCACUGCAAUCGUUCUAUAUGACCAGUCUAGUGAAGGAGAAUCUGCUAUCCGACUCUCGGAGGUGAAACCGAAUCUCCCACAAAGGGGAGAUGGUGUGUUUUGGCGAUUCUUUGAUUGGAUCGACAAAAGCAAUUUUGAAGUGAGCGCAGAUGCAUUCACCACAUUCCGAGAAAUUGUCACUCGCCAUAAGAGCCUUGUGACUUCAUAUCUGGCCACUAACUUUGAGCUAUUCUUCGGACGAUUUAACAACAUCCUUGUUCACUCAGACUCGUAUGUGACCAAGCGGCAGAGUAUCAAGCUUCUGGGGGAGAUCUUGUUGGACCGUGCGAACUACAAUGUCAUGAUGGCAUAUGUGGAGAGCGGGGACAAUCUGAAGCUCUGCAUGAAACUGCUGCGCGAUGACCGAAAAAUGGUUCAAUACGAAGGGUUCCAUGUGUUUAAGGUAUUCGUGGCCAAUCCAACCAAAUCCGUGCCCGUGCAACGCAUUUUGAUCAACAACCGUGAUCGCUUGUUGCGAUUUUUGCCUAAAUUCCUGGAAGAUCGAACCGACGACGACCAAUUUACCGAUGAGAAGAGUUUCUUGGUCCGUCAGAUCGAAUUGUUACCUAAAGAGCCUGUGGAUCGGGCUCGACCCGCCCGCGAUUCUCCCGCAAGCAACACAACAGCUGUGGCAUGA